ACAACAAAAGAUUUGGGAGAUUUAAAAGCCCUCCAAGGGGAGCAGAGGAUGUGGAAGGGGGAACAGUAGCAGCACUUUCCACCCUGAAACAGAAAGGACGGAGCGCUGCAGUCGCGUGCAUUGGAGGCAGUCCAGAGACAAGAAGCCUCUGUCAGGUACAGUUCACGGUACAGUUGAGAUUGGUCAUCGUCAGGGAGACGGGGAUUAUGUCAUGGGAAUGAACGUGCCUGGGCUGUGCUGGAGGCGAGCGUCAUGGCACAAGCCGCCUGGCCCCCCGCGGGAAUCUUCCAGUUUGCUCUCUGGUACACGCCGCCGACGAGCGAUGAAGAAACUGGACAGGUCCGUCCUGUUCAAGUGCUUUGGGUGCCUGCGCAGGAAAAAGAGUGAAAGGAUGGAGGCGUCUUGUCUGGAGCUGGCUCUGGAGGGCGAGCGCCUGUGUAAGGUAGGCGACUACUGCGCUGGCGUCUCCUUCUUUGAGUCGGCCAUCCAGGUGGGCACCGAGGACCUGCAGAUCCUCAGUGCCAUCUACAGCCAGCUUGGCAAUGCCUACUUCCACCUGCAUGACUACACUAAAGCCCUAGAGUACCACCGCCAUGACCUCACCCUGACCAGGACUAUCGGGGAUGAACUAGGAGAGGCAAAGGCCAGUGGUAACCUUGGAAACACACUGAAAAUUUUGGGCCGGUUCGAUGAGGCAGCGGUUUGUUGCCAGAGGCACCUUGACAUCUCUGCAAUACUCAAUGACAAGGUUGGGCAGGCCAGAGCACUGUAUAACUUUGGGAAUGUGUACCAUGCCAAGGGAAAGAGCAUAUGUUGGAGUGGAAUGGACCCUGUAGAAUUUCCGGAAGAAGCCCGGCUAGCACUGAACAAAGCCAUUGAAUAUUAUGAGGCUAAUCUGUCCAUUGUCAAAGAGCUAGGUGAUCGAGCAGCCCAGGGCCGAACCUACGGCAAUCUUGGCAACACUCAUUACUUGCUGGGAAACUUCCAGAAUGCAGUAGUGGCCCAUGAACAGCGUCUUCUGAUUGCUAAAGAGUUUGGAGACAGAGCUGCUGAGAGGAGGGCCUACUGUAACCUUGGAAACGCCCAUAUUUUCUUGGGACAGUUUGAACUUGCGGCCGAUCAUUACAAACGCACACUCCAGCUGUCUCGCUCGCUGAAAGAUCGUGCGGUGGAGGCCCAAGCCUGCUACAGUCUAGGCAACACCUACACCCUGCUGCAGGAUUACAGCAGAGCCAUCGACUACCAUCUGAAACACAUGCGCAUCGCUCAGGACCUCAAUGACCGGGUAGGGGAGGGCCGAGCAUGCUGGAGUUUAGGGAAUGCUCACACAGCACUGGGCAAUCAUGAGCAGGCCAUGCACUUUGCCCAGAGACACCUGGAGAUCUCCAAAGAGAUCGGGGACCGUAGUGGCGAGCUGACGGCCAGGAUGAACAUAUCGGACCUGCAGCUGGUGCUGGGUCUGAACCACAGCAGCAGCAACUCCCAUCUCAGUGUGCACCCCGGCAGCACUUCGCUCAUCAACACCUCCGACCUCGAGUCCAGCCCUCACGGAGCUCGACCUAGAACCGGAAGAAGGCCCAGCAUGGAGAAUAUGGAACUGGUCAAACUCAACCCUGACAAGAGUGCUGAGCUAAGGGUGGAAGGAGACGCAGCCUCCCCUACCGCCAAACCCUCCAUGGCCAAGACGUCGUCCAGGCUCUUCUUCAUCCGCCGGCUCCGUGGCAGGAAGCCCAAGCGCAGCGGCUCGGGCAAAGUCUUCCAGGACAGCAGCCCAUCGCCCAACACUGAUGCUCUUGGCUCGAAGUAUGCCACGGAUACUCUCGGAGAUGAGGGUUUUUUCGACCUCCUCAGCCGUUUCCAAGGCAACCGCAUGGAUGACCAAAGGUGCUCCAUACAAGAUGGUCCCAACUGUACCCCCUCUACCUCCCCCCCUACCACCCUGUGCGUAGCCUCAGAGACAUCUACUUCCGCUUCAAACUUCCCAGAGGGCCCGGAACAGCCUGGGCCCUUUCUAGACCUUCUGGCCAGCUCUCAGGGCCGGCGCCUGGACGACCAGAGAGCCAGCGGAGGCAGUCUGCCAGGCCUCAGCCAGGCUGUCCUCAGCCAGCUAAUAGCCAGCAGUGACUGCAAUCGUCCUGAUGAGGACUUCUUUGACAUGCUGGUUAAGUGCCAGGGCUCCAGACUGGAUGAUCAGAGGUGUGCAGCGCCUCCUCCCCCCACCAGGGGGCCCACUGUGCCUGACGAGGACUUUUUUAGCCUCAUCCUGCGCUCCCAGGCCAAGCGCAUGGAUGAACAGCGGGUGGUCGUUCCUCCUCCACGGCCCAACCCAGACUGACGUCUCUCUCCUCCUCCCUCUAUGCCCUGAGUCUGGUAGAGGAGGGUUGUCAUAGCUGCAGAGGCCCUGAAGAUGUUGUGGCCUGACUAAAGCGAGGGCUUCCCCAGACUGGGUCUCGAAUGGGUUACUGUCCCCAUCUCUGAUCCAUGGAUCACACCCUGUGCUGCAGGGUAAAGCAGAGAGCUGUCUGCAUGUUCUAUAUCUCAUCAACUCCACCUAUUCUUGAGCUGUUUUACUCCUUUUCUCAUAUUCUGUCUCGUUAUUUCUGAUCCUCACGGGAUUGCUCAACAUACAGGAACAAGGACAGUAGCUGAACUGCUGAAUCUGAUCAAAUUUUAUUUUGUAUAUGAAGAUGAAUGGAUGGUGUGAACUGUGUUAUUAUGUUGGUUUUAUUGUAAUUGUAUGGUUUUAAGUCCCAAACCCCCUUUUUUAAAUAGCAGGUCGUCCUCACACUGGCCAGGGUGAGAUUUUGACUAAAUAAUAAUUUGCACCUUUUGUAAAUUGGAGGAUGUAAUGGAGAAAGCAAAACAUGUAAAAAAGUAACAUGGUAUUCAAUUUUUUGUAUGACUUUUAUACUACUUAAAAAGGUUUUGAGGAAUAAAGCCUCCAUUUUA